CGAUGUUUAAGAAUCUCCCAAAAAUAUUAUUUAAUUAUUUUAGUAAUUAAAUCCAUAAAUUCAAAAUUUAAAUAAAUAAAAACCAUUUUCCCAGUCUCUCUCUCGCCCUCGCGGACUUGGUUUGCAUUUCGAGCACAACAUUAUUUUUUUUUUUCAGGUUUUGCUCAAGUGUAAGAGUCGAGCUCUGCACAGAGCAGAAAAAACGAAGUUUUUCUUCCGCCGUGCGAGGUGAAGUUCUGAGAGAUUCGGGUGGCGACCCGACCCCAGCACCCGAUGUCUUCGGGCUACAACAGUCCGGCUCGGAGCCCCGGGAGUUCGAGGCUUCAGUUGGGCGGAGGUGGAGGAGGAGGAGGAGGAGGAGUUUCCAGGUUGAGAUCUUCGUUGCUCAAGAAGCCGCCUGAGCCGCUGCGCCGAGCUGUGGCCGACUGCCUGUCCUCCUCCGCCGCGGCUACCUCCCACCAUGGGACCACUUCCUCCACUGUGCUCCUCUCCGAAGCUUCUCGAAUUCUUCGGGACUAUUUGGCAGCCCCUUCGACGAUGGACUUGUCUUACAAUGUGAUUUUAGAACAUACCAUUGCUGAGAGGGAGCGAAGCCCAGCAGUUGUAGCAAGGUGUGUGGCACUUUUGAAACGCUACCUUCUAAGGUACAAACCUAGUGAAGAGACAUUACUGCAGAUAGAUCGCUUUUGUGUAAACACCAUUGUUGAAUGUGACAUUGGUCCAAACCGGAGAUUGUCUCCACGGUCUCAAUCAUUUGGAUCAAUAACAUCAACAAUAUCAACGGCAUCUACAAAUGUUGUUCCUUUAUCUGUACCUAGUUUUGCGUCUGAGGCACUUGUGAAGUCAUUGAACUAUGUGCGGUCUCUUGUGUCUCAACAUCUUCCAAAGCGGUCAUUCCAUCCGGCUGCUUUCUCUGGAGCCCCUUCUGCAACUAGACAGUCUCUUCCGAGUUUGUCUUCUUUGUUGAGCAGGUCCUUUAAUUCACAACUAAGCCCUGCACAUAGUGGAGAACCUUUGGAGAAUAAAGAUGCUACAACUAUGUCCAUUUUGAACUUAUCAAACAUUGGAAAGAUUGAUGGAAUGGGAAAUCUUGAAUACUUUGCACUGGACGUUUUCAAGUGGCGCUGGCUUGGAGAACAUCAGUCAUCAUCCUUGGGGACUGAAAGUGAUCGUGUUGUAAAUCCCCAAGAUAUGAGAACACAUAGUCUUCUAGAAGUAGGUGCAGCAGCUCUACUUGUAGGAGAUAAGGAAGCUAAAAUGAGAGGUCAACCGUGGAAGUAUUUUGGAACUGCUGAUAUGCCUUAUCUUGACCAACUGUUGCAACCUUCACCGGUAACGGCAAUAACUGAUUCUGCCACUGCGCGUUCCCAUUUGAGAGCAAUCACAGCAUCUAAACGUACUAGAUCCGGCCCUCAUCAAAUAUGGGAUGAUUCUCCGGUGAGCACAUUUCGUCCUCGGGCGAAGCAGCUAUUCCAGUAUCGUCACUACAGUGAACAACAACCCUUGCGGUUGAAUCCUGCUGAGGUUUGUGAGGUCAUUGCUGCAGUUUGCUCUGAGGCAUCUUCACAGACUGCUAAUGUGAAGACUGUAUCAUCUAGAUUAACUAAUAACUAUGGAAAGCCAUCAAUGGAUGCGGCAGUGAGCGUCCUUAUCAAACUUGUUAUUGAUAUGUAUGUUUUGGAUUCCGGGACUGCUGCCCCUCUCACUCUGUCUAUGCUUGAGGAAAUGCUUAAUUCUCCAAGAGCAGCAUGUAGGAAUCGUGCUUUUGAUUUGAUUUUGAAUCUUGGAGUUCAUGCUCAUUUAUUAGAGCCAAUGGUAGCCGAUAACGAUUCCACUAUUGAAGAAGAGUAUUCUCAAGAAUCAUAUUUUGACAGUGAAUCUAAGCUUGCAACACAAGGAGUGGGAAGAUCAGAUUCUAUUAUCAUGGGCACUUCCUCAGCUAUUGAUAAUUUUGAAACUUGGAUUUUGAAUAUUUUGUAUGAGAUAUUGCUGUUUCUUGUCCAGAUAGAAGAGGAGGAGGAAUCUGUCUGGGCUUCUGCUCUUAGUUGUUUGCUAUAUUUUGUCUGUGAUAGGGGCAAAAUCUUGAGAAACCGGAUAAAUGGACUUGACAUAAGGGUUCCAAAGGCACUACUAGAAAUUAGUAGGAAGAAUUCUUGGGCAGAAGUAGUUCAUUGCAAGCUUAUUAGCAUGUUAGCAAACAUGUUUUAUCAAGUACCUGAAGGAAUCAACAAGGCUGUUUCAAGUACCCAAUUGUUUCUGGCGGAGCAAGUUGAUCUGAUUGGUGGAAUAGAGUUUAUUUUUGUUGAGUAUUCACUUGCAAAAUCAAGGGAGGAAAGGAGAAAUCUGUUUUUGGUUCUUUUGGACUAUGCUUUGCAUCAAAUAAAUGAAAUAUGCAUAGCUACUGGAGUCACUGAGUAUAGCGAUGAUGAGAUUCAGCCUCUUGUUGCCCUGCUCAAUCUGGCUGAUGCGCCCGCUUUUUAUAUAUCUGUUAAGCUUGGGUUGGUAGGCAUUGGGGAAAUCUUGAGGAGUUCUAUUUCAGAUGCAUUGUCUAGAUAUCCAAACAGUGAACGGCUCAAUAUGCUAUUGGACAGUGUAAUGGAGAAACUUGGUGCGACAAUAAGCUCAUUUAUUCAUUUGGACACGGAGUUCUCACACAUGAUGCAGAUAACCAAAUCUUACAAGUCUGUGGAUAGCAUUGAACGUGCGGUUCUGAGAAAUGGUGUUGGCAUGAAAGCAAAACUCUCAUGGGCUCUUUUACAUUCCCUUCUUCAUUCAGAAAGAAUUGCAUACCGUCGGAAUGCCUAUGUCUGGUUAAGUGACCUGCUUAUUGCAGAAAUUAGUGAAGAAAGGAAUUCAAGUAUAUGGUCAAAUAUAAAAACCAUGCAGCAAAAAAUUGCCCAAGCAGAUGUUCAUGAUUCUUCAGUUGCUUCAGAUGUUCCUUUGCCCAUUUGGCUUAUGUGUGGACUUUUGAAGUCAAAGCACAACUCAAUCAGAUGGGGCUUUUUGAUUGUUCUUGAGAGGCUUCUCAUGAGGUGUAAGAUUUUGUUAAAUGAAAAUAAAGUCCAGCAAUCACAUGGCAGUGAUAUUGGCAAUGUACGGAAAGAUAGCCAUCUUGAGAAAGCUAAUGCAGUGAUAGACAUCAUGAGUAGUGCCUUGUCCUUGGUUUUUCAGAUUAAUGAAACAGAUCGCAUUAAUAUUUUGAAGAUGUGUGACAUUCUAUUCUCUCAAUUAUGCUUGAGAGCUCCAUCUGCAAAUACAACAAACUUUGGAGAUGAUGCACAGCUUGGUAGGGUUCUUAGUCGGAUGGACGGAAGUAAAAUAGUUGAUGAGAAAGAGAGUUCUCGCCAGGAUGUUUGUAUGGAAGAAUCUAGUGCCAGAUCUGGCCUCAGUAAUAACAAUCCGCUAGAUCAUGAAACAGAAUCAAUGGCAGCACUGCUUCUCCGAGGACAGGCCAUAGUUCCCAUGCAGUUGGUUACACGAGUUCCAGCUGCUUUGUUUUAUUGGCCAUUGAUUCAACUUGCUGGUGCAGCAACAGACAACAUUGCGUUGGGUAUAGCUGUUGGAAGCAAAGGAAGAGGGAAUCUUCCUGGUGCUAUAUCUGAUAUACGGGCUACCCUUUUGUUACUUCUAAUUGGUAAAUGUACUGCAGAUUCUGCUACUUUCCAGGAUGUUGACGGGGAAGAAUUUUUUAGGGAACUCUUGGAUGACACAGACUCGAGGGUGGCAUAUUACUCAUCAGCUUUUCUUCUGAAGCGAAUGAUCACAGAAAAACCCGAAAAGUACCAGCACAUGCUUCAGAAUCUUGUUGUUAGAGCUCAGCAGAGCAACAAUGAAAAGCUCUUGGAAAAUCCAUAUCUUCAGAUGCGUGGCAUACUUCAGCUGGCAAACGAUCUUGGAACUGGGUUGUAAUCUGGUGAUGCAGAUCUGUAGAUGUUGCCCUUGACUUGUAGAACAAUGCUUCGAAGUUCAACUUCAUGCCAUCACUAUGAUGCUUAUGCUAAUCCUCGAACAGCACUAUUUGGCAUAUUUUAAAAAUCUAUAUCUGGGAUAUGCUUAAUUUUCCAAGCAUACACACAAUUCUUUGGAGUCUGAUUUCUGAAAGUACUAAAAAGUGGCUAAGAUAUGGAGUUGAAGACAAAUUUAUGCGGAUCUGAUCGGAAAAUAGUAAACAGAGGGCAGGAGAUGCAUUCAAAUGUUGGAUAAUGCUGAAAAGUCUUUCCUACAUAACACAGUGCCCCAAUAUCAGCAAUCAGUGCCUUGUGGUUGUCUUUCUCAGAUUAUUAGAAAAUGGUGAGCCAGAUCGAUAUCUACCUCCCAUAUCAUCCUCUCCAUACUGUACAUUUAUGUAAUGAAUUGUUGGGGGACGCCUUUGUUUUGUAAAAUACAUGGAGUUGACGUUCAGCUGAAGGAUUAUGGCGGGGACUCGUCAGAAAAGAAGGUACUUAGAGCACAAGUAGCUCUGGAAAAGUUUGUAGCCAUAUCUCCAGUUAGUGUGCAUUAUAAUGCCAAGAGACCUCGUGGGAAACUUUCGGAGAAAUAUACUCUGUACAGAAUCGGGAUUUCCAUUUUCGUACAAGCCUUCGUUAUAUUUUAGUAAUUCCUGAAGGCGAUCUUGAUGCUGGCUUUUUAUGAAAGGCAUACAUGGGCAGUAUAAGUUUUCGACAUUUGUUAACUCAUAGAGCUUCGUCUUCCUGACAGCAACGCGAAGAGAAUUGAUCUUUGUAUGUUUGGUGGACCGAGUAACAGAGGUAUUAGAGGGUAAGAUCACAGGGGUGUCUCUUUUUUUCAGGGCAUCCCAAAGUGUGUCUGCUAUGAUUUUUGAGUCUUCAGGGUUUAUUUUUGACAUUGUAAAUAUGUGAAUUGUUUUUAAUUUUAUUUUUUUGGUUUUUGUUUUUAUUCCUGCUUUUUCCCCGUUUCCUUCAACUAAUUGUUGGUUGUUGUAAAAUGGCUGUAGAGAAAUUGAGUCUCUUUUUUUGCAUGGAUUUUGAGAAGAAUUUUUGUUUUUCGUGUAUGACAAUUCGAUUGAUCGAUUUUUGAGGAAAUCAACUAGAUGAUUAUUUCGAUCC